AUGGACAUGACAUACAAUAUGAGAAAUGCUAUGGCUUCAUCUAGGAAUAUGGAAGAACCCCAAUAUGAUAUGAGCACAAUAGAUUUAACCCAGAAUAGUAUGAAUACAAAUUAUUUAAUGAAUGGUUCUGUCUUAACAAAUGCGUAUAAUAAUGACUAUAUAGUUAAUAAUAGAGACAAAUACACAGGAGAUAUGAUAUCUCAACUAAAAAUAGACCAAGGUAUACCUACAUAUAGUCAUACUCUUCCAAUGAAUGGUACGACACUUGCUGAUACGAAUGAUUCAUUGAAUAUACAAGGUAUGAUGAGAACUAAUAUGGAUACUACAGGAUUUGAUGGUUAUUCACAUAUAAUGAAUUAUAAUAAUACACAAAAUACUAUCCAAACAAAUCCAAUUACUUAUCGUAUGGAAGAUUAUAAUAAUCUUAACAAUGAUGUUAUGUAUAUUAAUCCAACGACAGGAGAAAAGUUUUCUGCAGAAUAUGUAAAUAAUAUACCUACAAACGAUUCUGAUAAUAUGUUGUAUUCAAAUAAUUUCAAAAAUAAUAGUAUUAAUAUGAAUACAUUAUUAAAUAGCCAUUAUAAUAAUUUACCAUACCCUAUUCCUAUAUAUGAAAGUAUGAAUAACCCUCAAAUGUAUAUGCCACAUAUGAAUCAAAAACAAACAGUAAAUAUUCCUUUGCAACAUGGGGAAAAGAAAUCGGCUGCUCGGAAUAUAUCAACGGUAAAUAAAAGAAGAAUUAAGACAAAAAAAUUUUUCCCAUGUUGCUAA